GGGAGGGGGGGGGCUGUGUCCGAAACUGGGACGUCCCACUGGAAAUGUCUUCUGAGGGACCAGUUGAGGCUGUUAGAUCGUCCUGCGCUCUGAACACCGCUGACUUCUUCUGUUGACCCUGCUCUGCAAAGCUAACGACUUUGAAGAUGAGGGUGUGGAUCGUCUUCCUCCUGUGCCUGGCUGGCCACGCCAUGGCUGCUCCUACUGAGGAAACCAUUGAGGAGGACAUCAUUGCUGAGGAGGACAUCAUUGCUGAGGAGGACAUCAUUGUCGAGGAGCCAGUUGUUGAGGAGCCCGAGGUCGGAGCCAACCCAGUUCAGGUUGAGGUCGGAGAGUUUGAUGAGGCCAUCGACAUCUUUGAGGAGGAACAGGUUCUUGCUGAUAACCCCUGCCUGGAUUACCACUGCAAGAAGGGCAAAGUGUGUGAGGUCGAUGAUGACAACACCCCCAUGUGUGUGUGCCAGGAUCCCUCCACCUGCGCCUCUGCCGAGGGAGAGUUCGAGCAUGUUUGCGGCACCAACAACGCCACCUACGACACCUCUUGCCACUUCUUCGCCACCAAGUGCGCUCUGGAGGGAACCAAGAAGGGCCACAAGCUGCACCUGGACUACAUCGGACCCUGCAAAUACAUCGAUGCCUGCCUGGACUCUGAGCUGAGCGAGUUCCCCCUGCGUAUGAGGGACUGGCUGAAGAACGUUCUGGUGACUCUGUACGAGCGCGACGAGGAGAACAACCUGCUGACCGAGAAGCAGAAGCUCAGGGUGAAGAAGAUCUUCGAGAACGAGAAGAGGCUGCAGGCCGGCGAACACUCUCUGGACCUGCUGGCUCACGACUUCGAGAAGAACUACAACAUGUACAUCUUCCCCGUGCACUGGCAGUUCGGACAGCUGGACCAGCACCCCGUUGAUGGGUACCUCACCCACUCUGAGCUCUCCCCCCUGCGCGCCCCCCUCAUCCCCAUGGAGCAUUGCACCACCCGAUUCUUCGAGGAGUGUGACGCCGACAGCGACAAAUACAUCGCCCUGGAGGAGUGGGCCUCCUGCUUCGGCAUCAAGGACCAGGACGUGGACAAAGACCUCAUCAUCUAAGCUCCUCGCAGUACGAAGACUCCUCGUCGCUACUAACGGGACAAGGUGCUGAUCCCUAAAUUAAAAAUAAGAUAAAUCACGGUGCUAAUUGCAAAUGAUUUUGUAUUUGUUUUUUAAAUAAUGACCUUUUCUUACCUAUACCACUAAAAAAAGAGAUAACAAAAGGUGCACAAUCUGUACUAACCCUCACAUGUUGGUGAACUCGUGUUUGUUGAACCCAGUAAAGAAAGACCUCGAUGUAAAUGUGUGUUGUUGACAAUAUGAUAUAUAUGUUAUGGUUCUGUUCAGGGCAUUUUAAUUGGACGUCAAUUUGAUUCAUUACCGUGAGGAGACAAAAACUGUAAAGUGGAAAAUAAAGUUUCUAAAUAAA